AACACAGAGACUGAAAGAAAGAGAGGGUGACACUCUAGAAGAGACAGUGAGAAGAGAAGAAGAAAACGAGAGGGAGACUGACAGCUUUUUUAGAUCCGAGAAAUAAAAAGGGGUAGCAGAUCUAUUUAGAUCUACUAGGUUUCUGAAUUAAAAAGCAAGUUUUUAAAGUAGCUGAUAAAAAGGAACAGCUCAAGAUGCCCAAUUUUGCUGGAACCUGGAAGAUGAAGAGCAGUGAAAAUUUUGAAGAACUCCUGAAAGCGCUCGGAGUGAACGCUAUGCUGAGGAAGGUGGCCUGUGCAGCAGCCUCCAAACCCCACGUGGAGAUCCGUCAGAACGGGGAACAGUUCUACAUCAAAACCUCCACUACUGUGAGGACCACAGAAAUCAACUUCCAGAUAGGACAAGAGUUCAACGAAGAGACCGUAGAUGGGCGGAAGUGCAAGAGCCUGGCCACAUGGGAAACAGAGAACAAGAUGACCUGCAGGCAAACCCUUGUUGAUGGUAACGGCCCUAAGACGUACUGGACACGAGAGCUGAAAGGGAACGAACUCAUCCUGACCUUUGGGGCCGAUGAUGUGGUGUGCACGCGGAUUUAUGUACGGGAAUGAGCACCGAGGUGAACUGGAUGGAGGGAUAUUCCGGCACUUGCAGCUUUGGAGGAAUAACAUUUUGUUCAUGAUUAACUUGCACUGUAGUGUGUUAGUUGAUACUUUCUUCUGUUCUAACUUGGAUAUCAUUUUAGUGCAUUCAGUGUAAUCAGUAGAUUCAUUUUUGUAAUGUUUCUCAUUAAUUAUAGCCUUUAUGUACAGUGUUACUCUAGCUCUAAGAUUUUAAGGUUGGGCUACAGGACCCUUGGGGUGGGCCAGACAGGAAUUGAGUGAGCCUGGUGUUAGUUAUUAUAUUCAUGGUUAAAUCUGCCAAACGUUCUUGGCACAGUUACAAUGGUUUAUUGCAGCCACGUCUCAUGAUCUUAAUUUACUUUACUUUCUUUUUCUGUCACUGACCAUGCAUGAAAUAAUAAAGACAUGUAAAAGGUAA